AUGUAUUCAGGAUUCAGGAUUCAAGAUGAUUUCGUUGUCUCAGUUAACGCGACUGGACAAGGAUAUCCUGACGCGUUCAUGGAAUACUGUAUCACGGUCAAGUCCCAUCAAAUUCAAUACGAUAAAAAAGUCGGGAACGCGAUCAUCGUCUCGAGCAAACUUCCACGUAUUCGACUUGCAUCGCUCCUCAUUACAGCUCAGUACAGUACUGUUCAACACGUUGCUGUACCAGUCCUUCAGAGGGACAUAGAAUCUCUAGCAGUGGACAUCUUUGAAAUGAUAUUUGAGCAAGUACCCGACGCAAAGCUGAUGUUCCCCUUUAUGAUGAGGGAUCAACGAGAGGAUGAUAAGAAGUCCAGUGAACUCAUUUUCCAUGCUCUUCGAUUUAUGCAGGUUAUUGAAACUACGAUGAAUCAUUUGGAAGAACCCGAAACGUUAGAUCCAAUCUUCCUGAACCUCGGGAAAAUUCAUGCUCGACAUGAAGAGCAACUCGGUUUCAGAUUAUGCACGAAGAGCAGACUAUCCGCCCAAGAAGUUGAUUCCUCGAUUAUACUGUGGAGGGAAGUGCUCCGUUUUAUUAUACUGCACAUGAAAACUGGACUCGAAUCAAACGUGAUGAUCCGGAAAGCUAACCGGCAAGAGGUGAUGAACGCUCUGAUGAACAACAGUGACUUGCGUUCGUUGAGAGACACAAAGCACGGAGUACCACAGGCAUCAGAAGAACUGCAUCGAAAAGUUCACAGUUUCUUCGUGCCAGAAUACUUUUUGAAAAAAAUGCCCCAGUUUGAUGCCAACGAAGGAGAUUUGGGAUGA